UGGUCAGGAUUUGGCAAGCUUGGAGUCGUGCUGAGCCUGCGUCUCUAGUUGCGAUAAAUACUCCGUUAGCGCUUUGCUCCCUGUCAUGUAAAGCAUUCACAGAUGCUGACUUUCGGUUUUUCCACUACUGAGGCGACGGGAUGAAGGUUUGGCGGGAUUGGACACCCCGGAAGGAAAACUGGAGAAGGGAAAAAAAGAUUAAAAUCAGGGUGGCCCUGACAACAGGUCUUGGUCUGGUCAUGCAUGAACACCUCCCUAUACUGACACUGGGCCAUGUUAAAUGGAUCGCAAAAAGAGAAUAUGAGGUCGUGCCCGGGAUCGAACCGGGAUUACAGGAAUCAGAAUCCUGGGUGCUAACCAUUACACUACACAACCAGCUGUUGCUGUGGCUUUUGGAAUUUCUAGUUCUAUGAGUCUAAAUCUAUGACCCCGGUGGUGAAGCAAAAAGAAAAAUUAAGAGGUCGUGCCCGGGAUCGAACCGGGAUUACAGGAAUCAGAAUCCUG